CACAGCCCCACCUGCAGAAGUCCAGCCCUUAGGACUCCUCUGGCCUUCCAUCCCCUGACCACUCUGCCUCUGGAGCUGUUGCUAUGAUGUUGGGGCGCAGAUCGUGGCCCGCCAUGGCCACAGUGCUGCUGGCCCUGCUUGUCUGCCUGGUGGAGCUGGUCGACGCCGACUCCAAUCCCCAGCCUGAAAAGGGUGCAAAAGCCUCCGGGGCUAAGCACAGUCACCACUCCUCGCUGCGCCACAUUCUCAAGCUGGCCAAUCGACUCGCGCAUCCUGAUAUCAAAGCUCUCCUCUCCAAAUGGCUCUACAAAGAUCCCGAGGGUCAGCACGUAGAGGGCAAAGGAGCCUAACUAUGGUGAAGACCACCACGGCCUCCAGAGAGAGGUGUGCUAAGACACCGACCCCAUUUCCGUGUUUGCUCUUGACCCCGGAACCUGGAUUCCUCUCCAGGCUUGCUGUGUCUGAGGAGUGUUCGGGGUGGGGUCCUCAUUCCCUUUCUCGGUGUGCCUUCCCUUGGGCUGGAGGGCUGUGAAUGGUCCUUCCUUGUUCCCUAA